AAAAUCUGAUGUAAUGUUUUUUUUAAGCAAGGUGCAGAGAAUAAGGCGUAAUUCUAUAGCCUGCGCAAACUCAAAUGUACACGACAACGAGUAACAGCAUUUCUCUGCAAAAAGACAACCAACUAGAUGAAAUAAAUUCGUGAUGCACGAAGUCUGACGCCGCGCUUCUAUUGUACCGCUAGCGUCACUCAGCUCCAAUAUCUGAGUGGGAUCGGUCCCUGCUGCAUCUCUGUUGGAACAGCAUCUGCAUCUCUUUCCUGAUUUCGGCUUUUACGUUUCGCAAACCGCAAGACAGGGAUCAUCAGAUCGGGGCAUACUUGAAGCACAACGCUUUUGACACCUGAGAAUCGUUUACAGAUCAGACCUCCAUUAGCUUCGCUUUCUUGCUUGUGAAGGUAAGAUGUUGCUAAACAAUGGGGAAACAGAACAGCAAACUGGCCCCUGAAGUUAUGGAGGAUCUGGUGAAGAGCACAGAGUUUAAUGAACAUGAACUUAAACAGUGGUACAAAGGAUUUCUGAAGGACUGUCCCAGUGGCAGGCUCAACCUGGAUGAGUUCCAGCAGUUGUAUGUCAAGUUUUUCCCAUAUGGCGAUGCCUCAAAGUUUGCCCAGCAUGCCUUUAGGACCUUUGAUAAGAACGGUGAUGGGACCAUCGACUUCAGAGAGUUCAUCUGUGCACUGUCUAUCACAUCACGGGGAAGCUUUGAGCAGAAGUUGAACUGGGCGUUCAACAUGUAUGAUUUGGAUGGUGAUGGCAAAAUCACACGAGUGGAGAUGUUGGAGAUUAUAGAGGCUAUUUACAAAAUGGUAGGCACCGUCAUUAUGAUGAAAAUGAAUGAGGAUGGGCUCACACCUGAACAGCGAGUAGACAAGAUUUUCAGCAAGAUGGAUAAGAACAACGAUGAUCAGAUCACACUGGAUGAGUUCAAAGAAGCUGCAAAGAGUGAUCCAUCCAUUGUAUUACUCCUUCAAUGUGACAUUCAGAAAUGAGGUGGCGUCAAAGCAUUAUGGACUGCACAAAAGUUAAAUGUUCCAUUCAGUUUGCAGCUAUUUCCACCGAAAAAAAAAUGCUUGGACUACCUUUCAAUGGACUCGCUUCUUGUGUUUGAAACACUUGUGUGCAUGAGAAUGUCAUUUGCUAAAACAAUUUUAAAUAUAUAUACAGUAUAUAUAAUAUAUGAAAUAUAAAAAUAUAUUAUUUAAAAACUAAACUGCCAAAUGUGAAGUGUGCAAUUUCCAUACAGUCUCAUCCCACUGGAGCUUGUGCAUCAGUAAUGUGAUGCGUUGAAUUAAGCUACUAUUUAUUGUACAUGUUUACUGAUGCUAGCUGUGUGUUUCAUAUAUCAGAUUAAUAAAACCAAAUUCCCAUGGUAAUGUAACUGUUCCUAAUAACUUAUGUAUCCAUCUAUAAAUCAGAAACUGGACGGACAAAGAGAUGGAUUCUAGUAUUCAUCAGGCUGCUUCUCUCACAUGUGCUUGUACUGUUGGUGAAUAUAAAUGUAGUUUAUGUGCAUGCCUUUAGGUUCUGCCUUAAAAUCUGUCCUCAUUUGCAUCCUAUGAAUCAAAACAAGUCAAAGCCUUAUGGAAUAAAUGCAGUAAAAAGCACAUAGGAACAAAUAUCCUAUUGCCAUAGGUCCUUCAAUAACGUACAGUAUUGUGUAUGGGAUGUAUAUUUGUGAUUCGUUGAGCCAUUAUUUGAGUAACUGUGGGAGCAUGUUUCCUUAUAAGUAAUAGUAUCUGUGUUGCUGAAAUUCUUAUAGCACCUAUCUAUUUAGAUCUGCUUACUUGCAAGCCUUGAAGACCUUGAAGAGGAAGAAAUAAUCACUAUUUGACUAUAUUUAACAUUGUAACUCCAGCAGUCUGUGGCCAAGCAUACUUUUAAAAAAUACCCAAAAAGUGCAUCAUAAUUUGUAUUGAAUUCCCAGCUAAAUGUGACGCCCUCCAAGACAAGCAAUUAAAAAAGCAUCAACAAAAAAGAAUAUUUUUAGUGAAAAGCUUGGCAUUGCAUUUUUUUUUAAAGAAAGUCAUUCCACCUGCCUACGAAUAGGGAGCAUACUGACAUAAAAUCCCUUGGGGCUGAGCAAUGCAACAUUCUAUAAGGUGCAAAAUGUUUUCUCUCUCUCUGUCUCUUUCAGUUUCAAAUGAGUGUAAAGUACAACAAGCAAAACAACUUUACAAAUGCAGUUCUUUAGUCAGCUACCAUGAGAAGAAACCCUUUUAGUCUUGUGUUUGGUAUACCAGUGUACUGCAUUGUUAUUAACUUUUUGUAGGACUUUUUUAUUCCCCUGUUCCUCCCUUCAACAUGCAAACUGUAUAUAAUCCCAAUGUUUUUAAUGUUGCAGUAUUCUGCAUACAGGACAAGACCGAGGCUGUGCAACUGAGAAUAUAAACUGCAAAUAAUUGUAAAGAAGAAUUGUUAAUGAAGCUGCAAUAAUAAAGUUAUUACCACACUCCUAUAAUUAAGAAACUACAUUUCUGUAAUGAAACAGCAUUAAGCUUUUUUCAUGUGGCAAGAUGUAUACUGAUGAGAAUAAUCAUUGAGACAUUUGUUAGUCUUUGUUUCAGGAUACUGCAUAAUUAAGACAAACAAAAUCAUUAGCUUCCUUGCUUUGAAGAGAAAUGAAUCCCUAUUGGUUUAACUCAAACUUUACAAUAAUAUAUUUGCCCAGUAAGUGUUUGUAUUGAAUAUUAAAGUGUAUUAUCAUCAAAUACCAAAUUCAAACAAGCAAGAACUAUUUAAAAUGUAAAGAUUUUUGUAGCAUGUGUUGUGCCCCUAAAUGACAUGGCUGCACUAUUCAUUGUGUUGUGGUUUAAAAUAAAACAUCUAUGGGCUGUUUUCUGAA